AUGGAAGAAUCGAAAGUGCUUGCUUGCACCAAAUUAAAAUAUCCGCCAUGUUGCUUACAAAUAUUUAAAAAUAAUGGUAAAAAGAAACGAAUCAUCCUAGGUACAUAUGAAUUAAAUAAAGAAACUGGAUAUCGAGUUGGUACAUUGGAUUUACUUGAUGAAGAUCUUCAACUUAUUACAUCUCAAGAUACUUAUGGUGCGGUUUUAGAUUUGAAAUUGAAUCCGUUCGACAAUUCACUUCUUGCUUCGGGACAUUCUACUGGGAAUAUCAUGCUAUGGAAGGUGUCUUCAGAAACAGAUGAAUUGGUUUUACUAAGCAAUUUACAAAUAUUUGAAACCGAUAAAUUGGUUACAUCUUUACAUUGGUCACCAUUAGUGAAGAAUUUCAUGAUGAUAACGAAUACAGCGGGAGAGAUGGCGACCAUUGAUAUCGAAACGCAGAUGAUUUCUUCUUUUAAUUCCGGACUAAGCAGCACAUCUACCCAUGUUGAUACAUUGACAUGGAAAGAAUAUGAGGUUCAAGGUAAGCAGGAAAAUGCAAUUGCCUGUUUCCCAGACACAUUUACGGGAAAACAUGGAUUAGAAUGUUGGACUGCAGAAUUUGGAGUAUUGAGUCCAUUUGAAAAUGUUGUAUUUACAGGAGGUGAUGAUGCCACAAUAAUGGCGCAUGAUUUACGUUCUAAGGGUUCCAUUUGGAGUAAUAAUAGGAUACAUGAGGCAGGGGUAGUUGGGAUCAAAUGUAGUACCCCCACUUUCCGUUCCAAUAGGCCAAUGUCUUUGAUCACAGGCUCAUAUGACGAUUAUAUCAGAUCUUUCGAUCUUCGAAUGCUUGGAGAUAAUAUAUAUCCAGGAGACAAUAUACCGGUAGCGCAAUUAAGUAGCCGAAACUUGGGAGGAGGGGUAUGGAGAUUUAGUAACUGUCCAACGAAUGGCGAUGGAGAAGAUAUGGAUAAGUUGUUAGUCUGUUGCAUGUAUGAUGGUGCAAAGAUAGUUUCUAUAGACGAGAGUAAUAAUGGAACAGAAGAUUAUUUCUUAGUUUCAAAUUACUUAAAGACAGGGCAUGAGUCGAUGUGUUAUGGUGGUGAUUGGGAUUCAGACUUCAUAGCUACUUGUUCAUUUUACGACAAGUCUGUCCAGAAGUGGAAUCCGUGA